AUAAAAAGGGUGAUAUUUUUGUCCUCAUUCUUGGGGAAAGUGAGACACAGAUGCAGUUCAUUCUUCAGUUAAAAUUCCCAUUUGAAUCUGCGUCUGUAAUAAUUAAAGUGAUUCAAAAUCUAAAAUGGAAUAAGAAUAUGUAUAUGAAACCGUUUUAACUAGGGUGCCUUUGCAUUGUUACCUUCGCAUGGCGCUUAGAGGCCAGGAAAAUCAAUUUGCAUGGUGCAAUCUAUAAUUAGAAGCCACGUCAUUAAGCUAUACACGAAACAGGAGGGUUUUCCACGUGUGUUUUGGCUGCUGUUCCGACUCAGUAAAAUUUUUGUCCAACACAGCAAAAAUGUGUGCAACACAGUAAAAAAUUAACUGAUCCGCGUCCAUUGUGAACGAGAAAGAAUUUGUGCACGAUUAUGCUUUGACAGCGAAGGACAGCGAUCGGUGUCUCAGAAGGAUGAUAUUGCGUAACUGCUUACACCUUCCCCGAUCAUAUAUGAUGUUUUAUCGCUGUCGGACUUGGAGUUGCUGAAGAUAACGGGGUUUGGGAUCUUUACAGUCUAUCAGUUAAGACAGGAAUGUUCAUUGGCUUGUGCUCCACACUGUAUAACAGGCUUAGAGCUGUUUGAGAAGAGAAAUCAAGGAAAUGGUCCAUUUUUUCCUACAAGCUUGCAUGAUCUUGACAAUGUUCUACAUGGUGGAGUUCCCAUGGGAACAGUCACUGAAAUAGCAGGUCCCUCCGGGUGUGGUAAGACCCAGUUCUGUAUCAUGUUGAGUGUGCAGGCAACUCUACCAAGGCACAGAGGAGGUUUAGAUGGGAAUGUCUUGUUCAUUGACACAGAGUCAGCAUUCAGUGCAGAAAGACUUUUGGAAGUUGCCCAGAGCAAGUGUCCAGAUUUACAUAGCACUGAAGAGGAGCUGUGUAACAUGGCUCAGAGGGUAUUAGUGGAUAACCACCAGACUUGUUCUUCCCUCCUUAAAAAGUUGGAGACUUUGGAGGAAGAAGUGAUUACUCACAAGAUAAGGCUAAUAAUUGUUGACUCCAUAGCGUCUUUGGUGAGGAAGGAGUUCAGUAGUAGUGCUGGCUCAAACUUGAUCCAUCGGACUAACUUCCUGUCCCGCCAGGCUGCUCUUCUGAAGAAUAUAGCGGAGCUCUUCUCUAUCCCAGUAAUUGUUACAAAUCAGAUCACCACAAGAUUUGGUCGUCAGGCAGCUGAGCAAGAUGAGGAGUUGCCAACAGAAUUCUCCGAGGGAUACGUGACGGUUGCCCUUGGUAACACUUGGAGCCACAAUGUCAACACUCGCUUGAUUCUACAAUAUCUUAAUGAUGACAAAAGACAAGUGAUGGUAGCCAAAUCUCCAGUAGCUCCUUUUACUGCAUUCAACUACACAAUACAGAAGGAUGGAAUCAUUCAAGAUGCUGAGGGGGCUGCUGUGUAUGCUGGUACAGACCCUGGGGUGCAGCAAAUCAGUGUCAGAAGUUCUCUCCCAUUUCAUUGAUGCAACAUUUUAAGAUGGACAUCAACAUGUACAAUGAAGAUCUGUAAUCAUGAAGAAAUUGACGUACAAUUUACAUUUGGUUUCACAAAUUCCUUAGCAAGUGCAAUUCUUGUCAAAUGUGAUGUGUGGGUUUUGUUUUGUUUUUCUCAGUCCAAUAAAUUUCAUUUCACUGUA